AUAAAGAUCCUGCUGAUAUCUUCCAGACCAGACAGGAAAGAGCGCUUUACCACAGGAUGAGCACGAAAACGAGCUGCCAGCUGUUCAGGGCGCUGCUGGAGCGGAAGGAUGUCCGUUACCUCAAAGCAGCUCAGGGGACCAGCAGGGCAUCUUACAGACAUUUUGGAUCUUGUGGGAUUUUGGCUGGCAGGAGGAGCAGCCUUCAGUUCUGCCCCCAUGUGAGCACCCCCCACCGCAGCUUCAUCAGCCUGGCUGCUCCCAGCAUCACCCGCAGGAUGGAGUACUCGGAGAGUCGGACGCUAGACUACACUCCAGAACAGAUGUACAAUGUGGUGGCCAACGUGGACGAGUACCACAAGUUUGUUCCCUGGUGUAAGAAGUCUCAGAUGAUGAAGAGACCAAACGGAAGCGUCUGGGCACAACUUGAAAUCGGUUUUCCACCCAUUAGUGAGCGAUACACCUCUGAGAUCACCUUUGUUCCAAACCACCAAAUCAGAGCUGUGUGCUCUGAUGGAUCUCUCUUCAGCCAUCUCGAAACAAUAUGGAGGUUUGCUCCUGGAGCCAAAGACCGACCAGGUUCAUGCAAAGGGGAUUUCUUUGUGUCGUUUGAGUUCAAGUCUCUGCUACACUCUCAGCUGGCCAGCUUGUUCUUUGAUGAAGUGGUGAAGAAAAUGGUCAGUGCCUUUGAGUCCCAUGCUGCCAUGCUUUACAGAAACAAGCCAGACGCACCAGCCAGGAAGCGCCCGGCGAUAAACAUCCCUCUCUGACCUCCACAGCACCCGUCGGCUCUGACGUUUAACCAGACUCUGCUGCUUUAAUCACCUCUGAUGCUGGAGACCGGUCCUCCUGUCUGCACUCACAUGCAGGAAAACCUGCAAACGUCGAGAGGCUUCAGAGGGGAGAAGCAGACAGUCACAUCCAGGGAGAUGAAGACGAUCGCUGUCCUAAUUCUGGCAUCCGGCCUCUGCCUUUGUGAGCCUGGAAAUGAUGAAAACAACGACA